UCAGCCUCUACUUCAGUCGAUCCUUCGUAUAUCUUCGUAUCGAGUCUGAAACAAUCGAUCUUCAGAGGAUCGUUUGUUGCUGUCACUUUUUAUCCUCUCUAACCUCCGCGCGUGGAAAACCCGUGAGCAAAAUAAAAACCGAAAUCUAAAGUCUAAUAAAUUAAUUAAAAGCUGGUGGUGCUAUUUUUUUUUUAUCAUGAUGUCGCGAUCGGUGAGAGCAGAGACUCGGAGUCGUGCCAAAGAUGAUAUUAAACGGGUUAUGCAGGUUGUCGACAAGGUUCGACACUGGGAAAAAAAGUGGGUGACGAUAGGAGAAACGACAAUGAAAAUAUACAAAUGGGUGCCCAUUUCGACACUUGAACAGAAAAAAAAAUCAAAGUCAAUAGCGGAAAAGGAGAAUGGCAUACCUAGGAAAGGCAUCGACUCCUCGAAUUCAAAUUUCGGGCUGACAGAAGACUCCAACACGUGUUUUUCCACCGUCAGUGACUCCCAGGGAAUAACCGAUUUUUCAGCGCAUUUAAAUUUUUCGGAAGACUCAAAUUCACAAAACAGUGAACCAACGCCAAAAGUACUCAAGACUGACUGAGGGAAUUUGUAUAAAUAACAGGAUUCAUAAGUAAUAUUAAUUAAAAUGCACAUUGGAGUACACAAUUUUAUUCGUGACGAGUUGUAUUGAAAAAACUGGCUGAAUUUUCCAGACAACAAUUUCCAUCACUGAACCCAAUGAAAGGGUUAACGAAUCCCUGAAAUUCCCCUGGAAUUUAUUUCCCCCAAUCUCGCUGACACAAUUAAAUGGAAACCGCUAUUUCCACUAACCAAAUCCCUUCGAUCUCAGUGGAAAAUUUCCAUUUCUCUUUUAAACCCCACCCUGGAAAAUUCAACCAGGACUGAACCAGUGGAGCCUCCAGAAGCCGAUGGACCGUAUUGAAUUCAGUUUAAAAAAUCCAAUCAGGAUUUCUAUUGAAUCAACUUCACGAAUUAGACUAUCGUAAGAAAAUAAUAAUGACAGUAUAUUCUUUUCA